AUGAAAUCUCCAGCUGCGCCCUACUCGCCCUCAACCCAUCCACCCAUAAUCAUGAACAAACUCGAAGUCGGAUCCCUCUACAUCAUGAUCUCAAUCCCAUUCUCCAUCUACUUCGGCAAGAAAAAGCAUAUAUACGCGACCGCUCUCCCCGACGACCCGGACUUCCCUUUCUGCACCUACGAACUCAUGGUCUCUCAGGGCCUCUCCACCGAAGAAUUCCAUUGGGAUCUCUACUGGCAUGCCUCCGACUCGGCCACCGAUGAGCCCUCUCUGCCGAAUCACAACCAUCCAGGCCUCAAACGCGGCGGCAUCAACGAGGGAAGCGGCGUCCUUUACCGCCUUCGGCCCCUCGAAACCUGUCCCACAACCUACACCCGCGACCGCCUCGCAAUCACCCGCGUCCGCUCCCACGCCCAGCUCGUAGGCCUCAUCCGCGUCCUCACGGUCCCUCGCGCUUUCAUACCGCACCUGACGCGCUACCUUGACUGGAUGACUGCCGAGUCGGCCCGCGUCGCGGAGCGCAGCUACGUCUGGGCUACGAUGGCAUACUACCGCGCCCGUCGCCACCUCUUCAAGAUUAAAGGCGCGCGUGACCACACUUUCAACCAAUUUGACAUCUCGCGCUUCACGGCGGAGCUUCUCUCGUUUGCGUAUGCCGAGGUUCCUGCCGCGCUGUUCUUGGGUGGUAUGGGACUACCAAGACCCAUUUUGGGCGUUGCGAUGGGGUUGCUCGAGGAGCAAGAUGUUGAAGCUACUAGAUGUGAGAGGGAUGAGCUCUUGAGGAAGCAGAGGGAGGAGGUUGGGGCUGUUACUGCUUGUUGGUACCAAUGA